AUGAGCCAACACGCCCAGUUCCAGAAUCUGCUCAAUUUUCGUGAUGUGGGAGUUCACGUUAAUACAACUGUGGGAUCUCCAAUCCUAAGACCUGCUCUUCUCUUUCGAAGCGCACGUCCCGAUGAAGCCACACCUGCCGACCGAUCCCAACUAAUCGACCGUUACAAAAUCCAAACCAUCAUUGACCUUCGUUCCAAAACCGAACAUAUCAAUGCUGCAAAGAAACGCGCACAGCUUUCUCUUGCUGACCAGUCUGCAGUGGUUCCAUCAUCCAACGAUGCUGUUGCCAAAGAGAUUCAGAUCCCAGGCAUUCGCUACGCAAAUAUCAAUCUGAACGGUAAAGGAUUUGAGCGCCAUCUCAUCUGGCAGCUGAAAUAUGCCAGUCUGGCCAAAUUGGUCUUUCUCAUGGCGUUGGGUUAUCGUACGCAGGGAAUUUCUGUGUUAGGGAAAGAAUUAAUGUUACCUCGCGGUCUCACCGGGCUAGGCAUUGACACUCUCGAUCACAGUGGUCCAGAAUUCAAGGAGAUCUUCGAUGUGCUCGCCGAUGAGAAAUCGUGGCCUGUCAUGGUCAACUGCACACAAGGGAAGGAUCGUACCGGUAUCACCAUCUUACUAAUUCUCCUGCUGUGUGGCAUUCCCCUUGACGCCAUUUCCCAAGAUUAUAUGCUCUCGGAGCCCGAGCUGGAGUCUGAAAAGGAGUCCAGGAUGGAAGAAAUUGCCAGCAUUGGAUUGGACGAAUCAUUUGCAAGCUGUCCCAGCGACUUUUGCGAGAUCAUUGUACAACACCUCGAAUCCAAUUAUGGAGGGACCGAGAAAUAUCUCAAAAGCAUCGGCGUUCAAAACUCCCAAUUGCUCGCCAUCAAAAAGAUUCUGAUGAACGAGCCAGGCAAUCUCUGA